AUGAGGAGAUCAAUAGAAUUUAACAUCUGUGUGGUCACCUGCAGCAUCCUGUUCUUAUCCUCCAGUCCACCAUGCCUUGCAUCUCGGCCACUGGAGGAGGAAGAUACGACAAAGGUUCAAUAUGGACCCUGGACAGGGAAUGGGUUAGAAGAUGAAACAACAAGUAUGCUGAACUUGAAAAAUAGCCUUGGUCCCUCUGAGCAGACUGUUUCUGAAGAGCCACGUGGUGUGUCAGCAAAGCCAUCUGAAACACCCUCAAAUGAAGCUUUCAUAGCAGGAGAAACACCUGUAAGCCCAAGCAAUGCUAUCCCAGGUAGCCAGGGCCUGGGAGCUCACACCUCUCCUAUUGCAAUGGCAGCUGUUGAUGAGGAGGAGUUGGGUCCCAUGAAGUCAGAGCUGGAUGAGGAUGGUGCAUUCAAGGCUAUGCUGACCACAGCUGUUACCACGCUGAAUCCUGUCCAGGAGACGUCUGUUGGUGGCCCUGUUAGUGAGACUGUUGUGGAGGGUGGUGUUGAAGUAGAGCACAGCUCUGCUGGCCUCUUGGCAAAGCCCCUUUCUGGGACAGCUGUGGAGUUGGAAAGUAACUCGCAUCCCUCAGCUGCCCCCCAGCCCAAACUGUACCCCAGCAUUCCCAGCUGGGAAACAGCAGGUGAGCACCUUGUCAUCCCAGCUCCCCAGCAUCAUGGCAUGACCUCUGAGGUGGGAAUGCCUGGAGCUCAUACAGGGAGCCCUCUGAAGUCCCUGGCUGUGCAAGCAUCUGUUGCUGUGAAACAUCUAACCACAGUGACUGAGGCCUCUCACUCUUUGGAAAUGGGGACAAGUAUCAGGCAAGGAGAGCUGCCUGUCACAACUGACACUGUCACCAUCCAUGCUGUGGACACUGUGCCACCUGACUGGGAUGACACAAAAAUGGGGGACAUAAGUCAAGGGGGAAGCACAUCUCAUGAGGAGGUGACAAAGAACCUGGAGGCAACAGAACCACCCCAGACCUCACAGGGAAACAUUGGAGAGGAAGAGGAUGCAACAAGACUGCUGCCAUCCCCAGCGUCCCCUCCAACUCCCGAGCUUGCCAGGGAGACCAACUGCACAGUACCAGUGCAAGGGGAGAAGUUACCAGCAGCUUUCAGAGGCAACAGUGAUGUUCUCCACACUGUGAAUGUGACAGGUACAGACACAGCUGAUCUCAACUCACUGAAAAACAUAAACACAGUCACAGCAGAGGGGAAAAGCAUCCUGCCAUCGCAACCAGAAGCUGCUGUGGUGACAGAUACAGACUCUGAUCUCUCUCCUACUCCAGAAAGCUCAUGGAAAGGUGUUACUCAGGAGGGGAUAACAGUUGCCCAGGAGGCUGAUGCUGCUCUAUCAGUUGUGACACUGGAUCCUGGUGCUACCCAGGGAACAGGAGCUGCAAGUCUUCCACAGGAAAACAGUGGGGAGGACACACAGAUGCCAACUGCUCCCAGUGCCACCCAGGUGCUGGUGGCAGCUGGUACUUCAUCACUGGCAAACACUCCGGAUAUCGAAGAUCUCACAGAUGUGGUCCUGGUCACCAGUGAGAAGGCUGUUCUGGCUCCUGGUGAGUUGUCUGCUACUCAGUUUGGACAGACAGAGGAACCAUCCGGCAGAACUAUGGUCCUGGUAACUCCAGCAUCAAUGGCAUCCUCUGUCAGAAGGACAGCUCUGCCGUCUGUGAGGAAGAUCAGUACAGCUGUUACCUAUGGGCUGGACCGCCUGGAGUCAGAAGAGGGUGAGGAAGAGGAGGAGGAGGAAGAAGAAGAGGAGGAGGAGGAAGACGAGGAGGACAAAGACAUGGAUUUGAUGGAUGAAAGUAUGGAGGGUGACACGGAGCUGCCAGGUUUCACGCUUCCAGGCGAGACUUCCCAGGAGCCCAUAGCUGGCCUGGAAAACCCUGUGGCCCAGCUGGCUGGAGUGUCCUACCAGGUUCCUGAUACCAUUGAGUGGGAGCAACAGAACCAGGGUCUGGUGAGAAGCUGGAUGGAGAAGCUGAAAGAUAAGGAAGGAGGCGUGUCUAGUGCGAUCUAUGCUCAUAGCAGAGCACCUUGGCCGGGCAUUCAGCCAGAGCGAAUGAUGAAGGGACAGAGAAUGGUUUUCUCAACAAAGGCAGGAUACAUGUCUGGGAUGCUGGUUCCUGUAGGAGUCGGAAUAGCUGGAGCCCUCUUUAUCCUAGGAGCACUCUACAGCAUUAAGAUCAUGAAUCGCAGAAGGAGAAAUGGCUCAAAGAGACACAAAAGAAAGCAGAGGGAAUUUAACAGCAUGCAAGACCGAGUCAUGCUCUUAGCCGACAGCUCUGAAGAUGAAUUUUGA